AGUGACUGUGUAUGUAGCAUGUGUAUGAGCCUGUGCAUCUGUGUGCUGAGGGCUGUGGGUGGGAGAGGCAGCUUCGGCUCAGCCAGUGGCAGAGCAGUUAGUAUAUAACUAAUAGUGAGAAAGGAAGCUGGGGAGAGACAAGGAAGAGAAGCGACCAACCUCAUUAACAAAAGCCCAGUUCUGUCCCUGCGGACCCAGCCAGCAGAAGGGACUGGAGAGCUGUGGCUCUCCGCCAGGGAGGUCGGGCUCCCUGCAAACAGUGGCAGGCAUCCUUUAUCAUGCUCUUCUCAGAGGGAGUCCUGAGGCUUGGCAGUCGGGAAGUUUUCAAAGCCGCAGCAGCAGCAGCCUUGGCGAAGACCCGCAAAGACGGUGAAGUGUAGAUUAACCGGUCAGUGACUCUGAUCCUGCCCGCCCGGGCCAAGGGUUCCUAGUUUUGGGGCUUGGAAAGGAAAACCACUACCUGAUUAGAAAAGCACUUGGGAGGCACAUUAAUCUUGCCAGCGUUGUCAGGAGUGAUCAGCGAGUUUUAUUAAAAGCCCCGGGAUUGCCUGAAAGGCUUCCUUGUCUGAGUUUGCAAUGAGAGAGGCAUGUUAAGAUCUUGGGGCACAUUGUCAGGACCCUUUGCCCUGCCCCUUGGACUAUGAACUGACACCCCCGGAAGAAGCACAGAAACUCUCCUUUGUUGAAGGAAUUUCACCGGUGGACGGAAAGGAGUUGGCCCCUGUCGGCAUGAGCUCUCUGAAUUGGGGUGGGCUGAAAGCCGUGAUCCUGCUGCUCUUCCUGGACUGGGCCAGCCCCACCUUCAUCAGCGUGAACCGCGGGGUCAGGGUGAUGAAGGGCAGCUCCGCCUUCUUGUUGGGAGAGGACCUGAAGUUCGCCAUCCCCAAAGAGAAAGAUGCUUGCAAAGUGGAAGUUGUUAUGAAUGAGCCAAUAACCCAGAGGGUUGGGAAACUCACUCCACAGGUCUUUGACUGCCAUUUCCUUCCCAAUGAAGUAAAGUACAUUCACAACGGUUGCCCAAUUCUUGAUGAAGACACAGUGAAGCUUAGACUUUACAGGUUUACUGAGACAGACACGUUUGUCGAAACCUUUAUCCUGCGGGUCUAUCUCCUGGAACCAGACUGUAACAUCAUCCGUACGAGUAACAAUGUACUGGAGGUGUCUAGGUUCUAUGGCCUGUCCCGAGCCAUUGACAAGAACCUGGUUAGCUUUGACUACGACAGGACAGCUCCCCUGGAGUGUACUGUCAGGCUGGACCCUGUGGGAACUCGGCUGCCAGCCCAUGGCCAGAUGGUUGUGGUGGAGUCUCGGCCGCAAGAACCACGGGGAGAUCAGCCACACACUUUUUUCCCUGAGUCUCAACUGGAGACAGAACUCAAGUGUCCAGGUGGAAGCUGUGUCCCGGGAUUGAAGAAAAUAGGAAGCCUCAAAGUGAGCUGUGAGGAGUUCCUGCUGAUGGGGCUUCGCUAUCAGCAUAUGGAUCCCCCUUCUCCCAACACCGAUUAUAUCUCCAUCCGACUGGACCUCACAGAUAGCAGGAGUCAGGUCGUAUACAAGUCAGAGAGUGCGUGGUUGCCUGUCUAUAUCAGAGCUGGCAUUCCAAAUCAGAUUCCGAGGGCUGCAUUCAUGGCCAUGUUCAUCCUGGAAGUGGAUCAGUUUAUCCUGACCUCUUUGACGACAUCCGUUCUGGACUGUGAAGAGGAUGAGACCCCCAAACCCUUGCUGGUGUUCAACAUUACUAAAGCCCCUCUCCAGGGUUAUGUGACUCACCUGGGGGAUCACACCAGACCAGUGUCCUCAUUCACCUGGAAAGAUCUCAGUGACUUGCAGAUUGCCUAUCAGCCACCAAACAGCAGCCAUUCUGAAAGGAGACAUUAUGAGGUGGAGUUGGAGGUGUAUGACUUCUUCUUUGAAAGGAGCGCGCCGAUUACAGUUCAUAUCUCUGUCAGAACAGCAGAUACCAAUGCCCCGCGAGUGUCCUGGAACACAGGUCUGAAUCUCCUGGAGGGCCAAUCUCGGGCCAUCACUUGGGAACAGUUUCAGAUCGUCGACAAUGAUGACAUUCGCGCUGUCCAGCUAGUCACUGUGGAUGGCCUGCAGCAUGGACGGCUCACAGUAAGAGGGGGGAAAGGAUUUCUCUUCACUGUGGCUGACCUGCAGGCUGGAGUCGUUCGCUAUCAUCAUGAUGACAGUGACUCCACCAAAGACUUUGUGGUCUUCCGGAUAUUUGAUGGCCAUCAUAGCAUCCGCCAUAAGUUUCCUAUCAACAUCUUGCCCAAAGAUGACAGCCCCCCGUUCCUCAUAAACAAUGUUGUGAUUGAACUGGAGGAGGGACAGACCAUACUGGUUCAGGGGUCCAUGCUGAGAGCUUCAGACAUAGACUCCAGUGAUGACUACAUCUUCUUUAAUAUCACAAAACCACCACAGGCUGGAGAGAUUAUGAAAAAGCCAGGGCCAGGCCUGAUAGGUUAUCCUGUCCCUGGCUUCUUUCAGAGGGAUCUAUUUAAUGGCAUUAUCUACUAUCGUCACUUUGGUGGUGAAAUCUUUGACGAUUCUUUUGAAUUUGUCCUGUGGGACAGCCAUGAACCUCCAAAUUUCUCAGUGCCACAGGUGGUGACAAUUCAUAUCACUCCAGUGGAUGACCAGCUUCCAAAAGAGGCACCUGGAGUUUCUCGGAAUUUGGUUGUCAAGGAAACUGACGUGGCCUACAUAACUAAGAAACAUCUACAUUUUAUAGAUACAGAAUCGUAUGACAGGUUGCUGCGCUAUACAAUAACAAUUCCUCCAUUUUUCUCCUUCCACCACAGACACUUGGAUGCUGGGAAAUUAUUCAUGGUGGACAGCAUACCAAAGCUAACCAAAAAUCCUGCAGCCCUGGGCCUGAAGUCAUUCACUCAGGAUGCUGUCAACCAUAUGAAAGUGGCCUACAUGCCACCUAUGCAUGACAUAGGCCCCCACCUCCAACAUGUCCAGUUCACAUUUUCCAUCAGUAACCAGCAUGGUGGCACUUUGCACGGGAUCUGCUUUAAUAUCACGAUUCUUCCAGUGGACAACCAAGUUCCUGAGGUUUUUACCAAGUCUCUGAGAGUGGCUGAGGGAGGUCACUGCAUCAUCAGCACAGAGCACAUUUUGGUUUCUGAUGAGGAUACCAAAUUGGACAACAUCAACCUCUCCCUGCAGAGACUGCCUCAGCAUGGAAGGGUGGAGCUGAAUGGGCUUCCUCUAAACGCAGGGGUCACAUUUUCUUGGGGAGUCCUCCAUGCCUUAAAAGUCAGGUAUCAGCAUGAUGGAUCUGAGAUUCUUCAGGAUGACAUAUUCUUCGAGGUCACAGAUGGCACAAAUUCAAUAGAAUUUGUUCUACACGUUGAGGUAUUCCCCGUAAAUGAUGAGCCACCAAUCCUAAAGACUGAUCUCAUCCCCGUGAUGCAUUGCUCAGAGGGAGAUGAGGUGGUCAUCACCUCUGAAUACAUUUUUGCUACUGAUGUGGACAGUGAUGAUUUGAAACUGAUGUUUAUGAUUGCUCGAGAACCUCAGCACGGGGUAGUGAGAAGAGCUGGAGUCACAGUGGAACAGUUCUCUCAGGGAGAUGUUAUCUCAGGGGCUGUGACGUACAAACACACAGGUGGCGAGAUUGGCCUGGUGCCUUGUUACGAUACCAUUACAUUAGUGGUUUCGGAUGGAGAAGCAGGCCCUUUUGUGAAUGGCUGCGGCUACAAUGGACCUCAUCCAUCUGUUCCUCUUCAUGAGUCCUUUCCAGUGUAUGAUCUCAACAUCACAGUACAUCCAGUGGACAACCAACCACCUUCAAUUGCAAUAGGUACAAUGUUUGUGGUAGACGAGGGUUUUUCAGCAGCCCUUACCAUUAACCAUUUGUCAGCCACUGACCCUGACACUGCAGCAGAUGAGUUGGAGUUUGUUUUGGUUUCUCCACCCCAGUUUGGCUACCUUGAAAACAUACUCCCUUCUGAGGGUUUUGAAAAAAGCAAUAUGGGUAUAAGUAUAGCUUCCUUUCAGUGGAAAGAUGUGAAGGCUUUGCACAUUAACUAUGUGCAGUCUAGACAUCUGAGGAUGGAACCGACGGCCGACCAGUUCAUGGUCUAUGUCACAGAUGGGCAGCGACGUUCCUUGGAGAUACCAUUUUACAUUAUAAUCAACCCCACAAAUGAUGAAGCUCCUGACUUUGUGGUACAGAAUAUUACUGUGUGUGAGGGUCAGAUGAAAGAGCUGGAUUCUUCCAUCAUCAACGCUGCUGACCUGGAUGUGCCCAGGGACAACUUGCUGUUCAGCAUUGUGCAUACACCACGUCACGGCCUCCUCGUCAACGGGGUGUUUAGCAAAGACUUUCCUCAACAUAAGCAGCCAGCCAGCCCUGGCCAGAAGCAUGAACUUGUUCACAACUUUUCCAUGGAUCUUCUCAAAAAUGGAAUGAGGUUGUUGUAUGUACAUGAUGACUCAGAGAGCCUUGCUGAUGGUUUUACUAUCCAGUUGUCAGAUGGGAAACAUAAGAUACUUAAGACCAUUUCAGUAGAGGUCACCCCAGUCAAUGAUGAGAAACCAAUGCUGAUCAAGAAGGCUGAAAUUACAAUGAACAUGGGUGAAACUCGUAUUAUUUCUAGCGCCGUACUUUCAGCCAUAGAUGAAGACUCACCCGGGGAGAAAAUUUACUAUGUAUUUGAAAGGCUUCCCCAAAAUGGGCAACUUCAGCGUAAGAUAGGGAGGGACUGGGUCCCUCUCUACCCUGGCAUGAAAUGCACUCAGGAGGAAGUGGAUCUGAACUUGCUGAGAUACACACACACUGGGGCAAUGGAUUCCCAAAACCAAGACAGCUUCACCUUCUACCUCUGGGAUGGCAGCAACAGGUCACCUGCAUUUGACUGUCACAUCACCAUCAAGGAUAUGGGAAAAGGUGAUAUUGUCAUCCUUGCAAAACCACUUGUGAUGUCUAAAGGAGGCAGAGGUUUCUUGACGACCAGCACUCUCCUUGCUAUGGAUGGAACAGACAAGCCUGAAGAACUGCUCUAUGUCGUCACCUCCCCACCGCGAUAUGGUCAAGUGGAAUAUGUCCACUAUCCUGGAGUCCCUAUUACAAGUUUCAGUCAAAUGGAUAUAGCAGGACAGAUAGUCUGCUACGUACAUCAGAGUAAGGCACCUGUCUCCAGUGACACAUUCAGAUUCAUUGUCAGCAAUGGACUGCAGACCAAGCAUGGCGUGUUUGAGGUCAUCCUGGAGACUGUGGACAGAGCCUUCCCCGUGGUGACCAGGAACAGGGGGUUGAGACUGGCCGAAGGGGCCACAGGCCUGCUUUCCCCGGAACUCCUUCAGCUGACUGACCCUGACACGCCCGUGGAGAACCUCACCUUCCUUUUGGUCCAGCUCCCCCAACAUGGCCAGCUUUACCUGCGGGGGGCAGUGGUGCUUCAACACAAUUUCACUCAGCAGGACAUAGACAGAGGGCACGUGGCCUACCGACAUUCAGGACGGGGCUCCCAUACCGAUCGCUUUACUUUUGUGGCUACAGACGGUACAAACCAAGGCUUUGUGGUGGAUGGUCGAGUGUGGCAAGAACCUGUUUCAUUCAUCGUCCAGGUGGACCAGUUGGACAAAACAGCCCCCCACAUCACAUACGUGCAUUCCCCUUCUCAAGUGGGACUCCUGAAAAAUGGCUGUUACGGGAUUUACAUCACUUCCCGUGUGCUGAAGGCAUCAGACCCUGACACCGAGGACGAUCAGAUCAUCUUUAGGAUUUUACGAGGGCCCCAACAUGGACAUCUGGAGAACACAACAACAGGUGAAUUUAUCCAUGAGAAAUUUAGCCAAAAGGACUUAAACAGUAAAACCAUUCUUUACAUCAUAAACCCAUCUUUGGAAUUUAAUUCAGAUAUCAUGGAAUUUCAAAUCAUGGACCCCACAGGGAACUCUGCUGCUCCUCAAAUUUUGGAACUGAAGUGGUCUUAUAUUGAAUGGUCACAGACUGAAUACGAGGUCUGUGAGAAUGUGGGCAUAUUGCCCUUGGAAGUUACCAGAAAGGGCUAUUCCAUGGACUCCGCUUUUGUGAGUGUAAAGGUCAAGCAGGUGUCAGCUGCAGUUGGAAAAGAUUUCACCACGACUCCAUCUAAACUGAUUCAAUUUGACCCAGGAAUGUCAACUAAGAUGUGGAAUAUAGCAAUUACCUAUGACGGAUUAGAGGAAGAUGAUGAGGUCUUUGAAGUAAUUCUGAACUCCCCUGUGAAUGCAGUUCUUGGCACCAAGACAAAAGCUGCAGUGAAAAUUUUGGACUCAAAAGGAGGACAGUGCCAUCCUUCAUAUUCUUUCAACCCAAACAAGCACAAAGCAUGGAAGAAGGGCAUUUGGCCCCCGCUGUUCCCAGGGUCUUCCUCACACACCACUUCUGGUUCUUUUCAUCCGGAAAGAAGACCUCUUCCAUCUUCCAAGCGGCUCGCAGUUGCCAGGGGAGACACCCCACAGGGCUUUGAUUCUACAGAUCUUUAUGGACUAAAGCUUAGGACCCAAGGGAAUGGCAAAACAGUUCAUCCAUCCUCUGUUUAUAGAAAUGGAACAGACAUCAUCUAUAAUUAUCAUGGGAUGGUUUCCCUGCAACUGGAGGAUGACAGGUCCCCAGCUCACAGAAGAAACACCAAAGUAUCCAUUAUUAGUCAGCCACAAAAGACAAUCAAAGUGGCAGAAUUGCCUCAAGCAGAUAAGGUGGAAUCCACAACUGACUCACACUUCCCCAGACAGAGCCAUUUGCCCUCAUUUCCAAAGAACUGCACACUGGAAUUGAAAGGACUCUUCCACCUUGAAGAAAGCCUCCAAAAGCUGUAUAAGUGCAAUGGGAUUGCCUGGAAAGCUUGGAGCCCCCAAACCAAGGAGGUGGAAGACAAAUCCUGCCCAGUUGGGUGGCACCAUCACUCAGGCUACUGCCACUCCUUGAUCACAGAGCAACAAGGCACCUGGAGCACAGCUGCCCAAGCUUGCAGGGAAAAUCACCUGGGCAGCCUUGUAACUGUCCUCUCCAGACAGCAUCUGCGAUGGCUCUGGGACUUCAGCGGAAGGGAGCCUUUUUGGAUAGGUUUGAAUGACCAAGUGCGUCCUGGCUACUGGGAGUGGAUUGGCGGUGAACCUGUCACCUUCACCAACUGGAGGAGAGGGCCCCCUCAACGUUCAAAGCCUGGCAAGAACUGUGUUUUGGUUCAAAGACAAGGAAAAUGGCAAAUAAAGGACUGUAAGAAGGGCAAACCUCACAAUUAUGUGUGCUCCAGGAAACUCUAAGUGUAACUGGCUUUACAGGUGCCCAGUGGGAUUUCUCACCUAUUUAUUUACCGGAUUUGUGCAUAUUGCUCAAUAGAAAAUAAGGUGCAUAACUGACUUGGUACUUCUUUUUUUUAUCAUAGUGUAUGAGUGAUUCUAUCUAGUAAAUAAGGAACAUAAAUGAAUAGUUCCAGGAAUAUUGAUAAAUGAAUAUUUCUUACAGGAAGAGAUAUACUUCUUGCAUCUCAAUCUCUUUCAAAAUAAAUGCCUGAUGUAUUAUAUGGUGCAAGAUUUGCUUGUUCCAGGAGAUCCCCAUUCCAACCCCACCCCAUAUCUCAGUCAGCACCAAUUUCAAGGUUUCUGAAUUUUUUCGGUCCCCGUACCUUAAACGAGUCCAUUCUGAAAUCAAUAUUGCAGGUGCUUCUACUUAUUCAGUCUGAGUGAAACUAACCCUACCAGUUCAUUAAAUCAAGGUUGAACUGCAAAGGGUUGCUUUGUCCCUUUGGAGCCCUUUUAAAUAUGAAACCUGAAAUAAGAGGCUGUGGAUCAAAAGGAGAGUUUUCUGUGGCAAAAAAGGAAAGCUUUAGAUGGAAGAAUUUUGCUGAUGGAAGCUCAUCCUGCAAAUCUCUAGUUCAGGUAAGAAUUCUGGGGCUACCUGUACUUCAGAGGUCUACUCAUCACUACUCAUGAGACAUAUAUCCUUUUCCAAUAAGAAUGUUGGCAUUGUACCAUUCCAAGGCUAAUUAUUGGGUUUCUCCAGCCUUACAGACUCAUGAAAAAUUUGAAGUAACAUGAGCCUCUCUUCAUUCGUGUUUGUAGCAGUGACUAGCAUUUCUCAAAGACAUUUGGAAUAAAGAGUAUAUAUAAGUGAUGGUUAAUAUAUGGAAGAGAAAUAUGCCUCCUCAGAAGUGUCCCAAUGAGCAAGGCUGAUAAACAAAGAAAAAUAAUACUGAAAACAGAGCCUUUGAAAGCCUAUAUCCUCAGAAAGGAUUUUGAUACAAUUUUGAGCCCUUAAAUAGUUAAUAUUUGUAGAAAUGCCAUAUUAACUUGAUUCUCUAAUGUAAAGGUACCUUAUUAAUUUAUAAUGUCACCUGUGUAAAACAUUUUUAUAGCACUGAAGCAUAUUGCAGCCUUACAAGAACACCCUUCUGAAAUCAAGUUUUAAUUACAGGAAAUUAGAAAUUUAUUUCUGAAACAUUUACUCAAAAUUUUCCUCUUUUCAUAAUCACUAAAAAAUAUGGUUGUGCCAAAUGUAACUUGCUAUAUGAGCACCAGUGUAACUUCAGAAUCAAAAUGAGCUUACCAAGUAGACAAAGCUUUGGUGUAGGUUUUAUUAUAGUAAUACCAUUGGUGAAAUUUUAAAACACUGAAGAAACUCAAGUCUACUUUCUGGAUGUAAAACAUGACAAGCUUUUUUUAUUUCUGCUCAUUUAUCAAUAUUUUGGUUAAUAGAAAUAUUUACAAAGAGAGGCUGGGAUAAGAUUUAGACAUUCUACCUCUUAAUAAAGGUACACAUCAUUGUGGAGUCAGGAGGCUCCUUACCUUAGUUAUCACAAGUAGGUAUUGGACUGAUACAAUAUACAGGUCUCCUGUAUGACACAAGCUGUCUCUGGUGCUUAACUAAAAGAUGUUAAAUCCAUUCUCCAGACCAGUUCCAAUCCCCUCUGAUCCGCUGGUCUCUGCAGUGUGGAAAGGUGUGAUGCCAGAUAAACAAAGAGUUGUUUACUUCAAGGGUUAUAUCUUAGGGUGGGAAGUAAAAGUUCAAGGUAUGAGAAAUUCCAGGGCCCCUCCUUCUUACUGGAACUCUAGAACUAUGUUAAACUUUAAAACUGGAAAUCCAGAACCAUGGCAACUAGUAUGUAGAAUCUUCUUAACCUGAUAGAUUUUAUUAUACAUUUUUGCAAUGACAGUGAUAUUUAAGUGUAAUUGCAAUGUGAGCACAAAGAGAGAAUAUUUUGAAUUUUUAUAGCAACCAGAAGAAUGUUUAAAAAUAUUCCUGAUCAUGAAGGCAUUAAUCAAGUGGUAAAAUCCAAGUAAUUGAAAGAAGAUACAAAUAAAAUUUCAGGCAAGUAUGGGUGCUGGGAAGUGGUCAUCAUGACCUUCACUUUUUCUCAUGAUUGGGUUUGACUGUGUGGGGAGAAGUAAGUGAUUGUCAUGGUUCUCUCCACUUUGAUUGGUAAUUGUCACCCUUCAAUUUCUGGUGGGAGUAGGAAGGAAGGAAAUGGAGCAAUGGUAGAAGGGGACUGGGAGAUUAUACAAGAGGAAAGGGAGAGAGGAGGAAAGGGUUGAGUAGCAAGAGAUGGGGACUGAUGGUAGUUAAGAAGGAGAACACCAGAAAGAAGGACCUGAAUGCCACCUAGCUCUUCUCCCCACACUUGAAUACGGAUUCAGGAAAAGACCCACUUUAUUCAAUGGCAUCAACCCAGCAAAAUAGUGUGCAGCUUUUCAGAGUCUGGUGAUUUUUGGUCUUCAACAAAAGAAUACAUGUAUACAAUAACAUAUAUUUGCUAUACAUAAACUUCAAAAUGAUAUAAUUAUUUUAUCUCCUUCCAAGGAGUAGUAAAGAUGAACCAGGUGACAUUAGUUACAUUUCUGUUUUGUUUAUUUUUAACACAGCUGAAAUCAGUAUACACAUAUUUUCAUUAACAGUACGUUCUGUAUAAUUUAAACCAUAAACUGAUGCUGAUUAAUUUCUGCAAC